AUGAAUGGCGAUAAACCAAAAAUCAGCGUGCAUUCGGAAACGCCAGCCGUUUUGGAUUGGACUGAGGAGUCGGAGGGUUUGGAAAAGGGGACAGGUAGAAUAUUGGGUCGAAUCGUUUGGCUUCUAAAAGAAGCGGAGCAGUGGGGAAAGUUAAAUAUGGCAGAGAUCAUGGGUGCUUU